CAGCAAAAAUAUUUUAUUAAAAUUUUUGUUUAUUAAAUAAGUUUUAGUGUAAAUUCUAGUUUUAACAUAUAAUUAUUUGUGAUGUUUGAAAUCGGUGAUGAAAAUGAAUUCUCUGAAGAAAAUGUGUGGUGUGAUCUAGCUAAUAUUCCAGCAGAUCCUCCUAAAAUGAGAGAUGUUUGUGUUCAAUGUGGUCGACCUUUAACUGUGUGUUGGUGCCCAGCGCUUCCCUCAGAACCUUUGAACCCAAAAAGCACUGUAGUGUUGUUACAACAUCCAGCUGAAGAGCGAAGAUGUUUACGAACUGCUCCAAUGCUCACCUUAGGACUAAAGCCUGGAAAAUGUCUAGUCUAUAAAGGAAAAAAGUUUCCCCAGCCUAAACAUGAAGGUCUUGAAAACUUACUGUCUUUAGAGAAUACGAUUUUGUUGUAUCCCAGUAAAAAGGCUGUUGAUAUUAAGGAUCUUCAAUCAGGUCCGCUUUCAGGCUGUUAUAAUUUAAUUCUUAUUGAUGGAACAUGGCCUCAAGCUAAAGCUAUUUAUGCCAGUAGUCCAAUGUUACAUAAUUUAAAACAAGUGAAAUUAGUUUAUACAGGUGUGAGUAAUUAUAUAAUUCGUACACAGCCUACCGAGGGUUGUUUGAGUACCUUAGAAACUGCUGCCGAAGCAUUAGCUAUUUUAGAGAAUAACAAUAUAUAUAGGGAUAAGUUAAUUCAGCCCUUGCAUAGUCUUUGUAAAUUUCAGUUAGAAAAUGGGGCUGUUACUCAUCAAUCAAAAGAAUUUCGGUUAAAAAAUAAUACUUAUCCGAAACUGAUAGGUAAAAGGCUUUCAAAGCUUUUAAAGAGUACUGAUGUUCAUAAAACUUAAUUACAAUCUUUAACAAAUAAUUGUUUGUGAUUUAUAAAUAAGAUUGAAAUAAGUCUUACUAACAAAUAAUAAUUUAUUUUCUUUAAAAUACUAUUACAAUAUUAAACAGUGGACUAAACAGAUUAUUAAGAUUAUUAAUAACUUUUCCUAUUAGGGCAACGAUUACAAAUUUUCUUAAAUGUUUUAAUUUUAAGACCUGUAGUAAUUGUUAUUCGUUCGCAUCAUUUGCAACAUCGAUAUUCAAUGGCUAAGUUUUCUAAUCAAGUUAUUUUUUAAAUAACUCAGUGCGCACAAUGAUAAUGUAUAAAAUAGUGGAUGAAAUUCAUUUACAAUUGUUGACUGAUCUAAAUUGUAAAAGAAUAGAUCAGUAUUUUAAUGGCAUUAUUUAUUAAGUUUUUAUAUAAAAAUGAAAAUAUUUGGCAAGUUAAAUAACUAUAAAUUAUAAU